UUCGAUUUACACCAUGAGCUUGGGAGACACGGCUAUUUCAAUGAACGAGAGUGGUGGCCAGGAGCAGAUCUCCGAGAAUCUCACACAGCAUAAAGAGAUUCUGAGCGGAAUAAAACAGCAGCCUUGGCCUCUCCAACGUAAGAUUAAGCUCGUGCGGCAAACUAAAGCUUAUAUCAGACGACACGAAGACGCUCUCCAGGAAAAAUUCGUUCAAAGUCGCAGCACUAGAAACAUCGUAGCCCGCAUCUUAUUGUUCCAAACUAAGAAGUGGCAGGUUUUGCGAAAUGGGCUGAUCAAUUUGCAAACAUGGCUCGUACCUUGGGAGGUCCGUAUCAUGGAAAUAAAGUCCCACUUCGGUUCCGCCGUCGCGUCUUACUUCAUUUUUCUCCGUUGGCUCUUCUACAUCAACCUCGUCAUCGCAGUAACUUAUUCGGCAUUUGUUGCGAUACCUAAAGUAUUGAUUGCAAACGCGACUCUUGCCGGCGAGAACAAGACGCCGAAUGAAGAGAUCGCUAAGUCAACGGACCUACUAACUUUGUUGGAAUUCGAGGGCGCGCUAAAACAUUCCCCGUUCUUCUACGGAUGGUACACCAGUCACGAUUCCAAUGGCUAUUACAAAUUACCUCUGGCAUACUUUGUUACCAAUCUGGUCCUGUACAUAAUGGUGAAGAAUUCGCGUUUGAGUAUACUGAUUGAAAAGGAAGACGAAUACGUUUUUUCGAGGAAACUCUUCACGGUAUGGAACUUCAUGAUCGAUAAUCCGAAAACUGCUGACGAUCGUACAGCUAGCAUCGCGCUGGGCUUCAAAGAGGCUAUAUUAGAAGAAGUGGAGACGCAAAAAAAUGAAAAAAUCUGGAGGAUUAUCACAAUAAGAAUAUUCAUGAACGUAGUGGUGCUGUCGUUAUUCGCAUUGUCGGUAUAUACCGUAGUCGGCAUGGCUAAAUGGUCCGGUUACGAGGUCGAAAAUGGAAUCGGGGAACGGACAUCGUCGAACAAGUUUACAUUUGUGAUAUCUCUAAUCGCACAAAUCUUCCCUAAACUUUUCGACAUCCUUGGAUCUCUCGAGAAGUAUCACCCCAGGAAACAGCUCCGAGUACAACUGGCGCGGAUAAUGUCCUUAAACCUUUUGAAUCUCUACUCGCUAAUAACCGCAUUGUUCGACAAUAUAUUCUUAAUGAAAUUACAAAUGUGCCUAGAUCAGGUGGUACAAUGCGGUAACAAUCUGAUAAUCAAACAAGUUGUGACGUUGAUGGCUUUGUACCCUAUUUUAAAUAAUGUCACCCACUCUUAUGCUAGAAAAGAGAUACCGGAGCCAACGCUGCCAUUCGUCAGGCAGGAGACUUGCUCCCUUAAUCCUUUGGACAACGACACUUUAUGUAAGGAUUUCAAUGAUACGAAUGAUUAUAACAAUUAUAACGUGAGUUAUGGUAAUUACCAGUACGAAACAUCGGAUAUGGGUAAUGGUGACGAGUUCUCUACCACGCCUUAUGAAGAACAAGACACUGGAAAUAGCCGGAUAUCAUUUGUUAAAACAUUUCAUGUUACAUCUACAAUAUCAGAUGCCACAUUAACGUAUAUCCUGAAAAAUAACAUUACUACUUCACCAUUCAAUAAACAUACGAAGUUCAGUUCAAAGAUAAAUUAUAUGAAAGAGUGCUUAGAAAAAAUUUGCGAGUCAUCUAAAAAAGAUUUAGAGCGACUACAUCAAAAACACAAAAAGUCCCUAUGUAGUCGUCUGGAUCACUUAUGUUGGGAAACUAUGGUUGGGCAAGAACUCACCAAGCUCGUUGUUAUGGAUUUGAUAUUCAACGUAGUAGCUACUCUCGGUAAGAUUUUUUUCCGUCCUGCUUUCGUGCGUGUUGUGAAUAAGUGCUGGUGUUGGAAACUGGAGAAGCACGGCGACUUCAAGAUAGCCGAAAACAUCCUCCAUUUAGUAUACAAUCAAGGCAUAGUUUGGAUGGGAAUGUUCUUCAGUCCAGGUUUGACGGCACUGCACGUCUUCAAGCUUAGCAUUCUGAUGUAUUUACGUUCCUGGGAAGUUUUGACGAGUAAAGUACCUAACAAAGUGGUUUUCAGAGCCUCCAGGUCCAAUAACUUCUAUUUCGGGCUGUUAUUGAUUAUGCUAUUUGUGAGCGUAUCAUCAAUUGGUUAUACUAUAAUUCGCGUCCAGCCUUCAUGGCAUUGUGGUCCAUUUUCUGAUUAUCCGAAGAUUUAUAAUUUAGCAACCUCAAAGUUAACGGAACUUCCACGGCAGAUUCAAGACUUGCUCGAUUACGUUGUAUCGCCUGGUACAGUGAUACCACUAAUUAUUUUCAUGACGUUGAUUAUUUAUUACAUGGCGUCUCUCGCUGGAUCUUUGCGAGAAGCGAAUAAGGACCAAAAGAUGCAAUUGCGGUAUGAGCGUACAGAAGAACGCCGCAAAUUGUUCAGAAUAGCGGGUAAGAGGUAUACCAUGGCUGAAAUUCCGCUAUCGAGGUCGGGAAAGAUUCUUCCGACGUUGUCGCCAGACUCAAUAUCUCGAAAUUUCAAAACAGCUCAUAGAGGUAACGUACAGUUUGGGAGCAUAAAUAUGAAAAAUAAACGAUUGAUGAUCGAAAAAGAUAUCUUCUCGAAUCGAAAAGAUCGACUCAGAGGCGGAUACUGUCCGAUUGCGACGAGUAACAAGCCGAAGAACAGGACGAUUUAAUAUAAAAUGUA